GAGGAGCAACCGGAAGUAGUCGGAGUCUCAGACAGAUCGAAGGGCUCUGACAGGAUCCCGAGGUGCCGACAGGAGGUGGCGGCCAUGGAGUUGGGCGAGCUGCUUUACAACAAGUCCGAGUACAUCGAGACGGCAUCUGGGAACAAAGUUAGUCGCCAGUCAGUGUUGUGUGGAAGCCAGAACAUCGUUCUCAAUGGCAAGACCAUCGUAAUGAAUGACUGUAUCAUCCGAGGGGAUCUGGCAAACGUAAGAGUUGGACGCCAUUGUGUUGUGAAAAGUCGUAGUGUCAUAAGGCCACCAUUCAAGAAAUUCAGCAAAGGUGUUGCAUUCUUUCCUUUACAUAUUGGGGACCAUGUCUUUAUUGAGGAAGAUUGUGUGGUCAACGCAGCUCAGAUUGGUUCAUACGUUCACGUUGGCAAGAACUGUGUGAUUGGACGCAGAUGUGUGUUGAAAGACUGCUGCAAAAUUCUUGACAACACAGUAUUACCUCCAGAAACUGUGGUCCCACCGUUCACCGUCUUCUCAGGCUGCCCAGGACUCUUCUCAGGGGAGCUUCCAGAAUGUACUCAAGAACUGAUGAUCGACGUCACCAAGAGCUACUACCAGAAGUUUUUGCCCCUGACACAAGUCUAGUGUCUCUGCUUCAUGUCUUGAAUUUGUUUGAGCUCUAAGAUGAACUUGGGGACAAAGUGUGCAGUCAGCAUCUACAAGAGCUCUUGUGUCUUUGACACUUUCACCCUUCUUUAUUUUUUUUAAAUUGAUAAUGUUUCAAUCCUUCAAGGCUCUAAGCUAUUAAGAUUUAAUAAGAGAACAUCUGGAGGAGUCAGCUCCACAUACUGUCCUUCCACCUUAUCUCUCAACCGUUACUUCAUCCCAUUAUCUGUGGAACACAGAACCGUCUCUUCCUAAGUCUCUUUUCAACACUCCAGCACUUUGGUCCUGUAGAUGGCUAGACCCAGGCUGAAAGGGACCUGCAGAGCACAGCGCCUCCCCCAAGGUGGAAAUAACAGAGCAGGCGUGCUGCUCACGGCCACACCCCCACUGUACCCCACUCACACAGAACGCUCAGCUCUCCUGCUGCUGACCUGUUUGACCAGUGACCACAAUUGCUCAUAAUCUUGGGGAAAAGUGUGACUUCAGAGCCCUGGUUUCCCUUGCCCAUUAAAGGAAGGUGUUUCUCUUCCCCAGGAUCACCUUAGCUGUCCAGAGGUGAUUAAUAAAAGACUUGCUAGCAUUCUGUUCCAGGGCCUUUGGCUUUCCCUGUUAGAGGGGACCUUAGCACCCCAGAGUGCAUUUGCAAAGUUCCAGAUUUGAGUCUGCCUUGUGGAUGGAUUAGUCAGGAAGUCACUCCUUGUCUCAAAGUAUUUGUCUGAUUUCAUUGAAAACAAAGCAUUUGUGAAUACUUGCUCUCUGACCUAGAACCAUUCAACCCACCCUGUGUUGGCCUAAAACCCCACAGGUCAGACUUGAACCCAAUCAUUUAUAUGCAUGAGCAGCUCUUAAAAUUGUCUUGUGGGCAUAGAGCCCAAAGAGCGACAUGACCAGUGUGUUCUUACCAUCUCCUCUGCCAGCGGCACAGCCUUUCCUGGUUCUGCUCUUGGUUGGCCUGCUCGGUGCUCUGGCCUGCUGAAGCGGAAUAGGACAGAUUGGUUCAGCCUGGAAGUUAGAACCCAGCAGGAGCCAUCUUGACUUAGCAUCCAGUUGUGGGGUUUGCAGAAAGAGCCAUAUGUAAUCAUCUCCACUAAUUCAAUUAAAACUUCUUGUGGUUUGUCAUUUUCGUGUGUUUGUGCAUUAAAAGAUUGACACGUGGACAAGU